UAUAUCCUAAAAAAAAUACUUAUUUAAUAUUAAUCUUAAAGAAACUUAGAUUUAUUAUAUAAAGCGUCAGUGUAACCAUUAUGAUUCUGUUUAUGUGAAACUAAGUAGCCUCGCAGUGAUUUUCACAUAAUAUGAUGAAAAUUAAAUUGUUAAUUUAUUGUCUGUUGGUAGCUUUUACAGUGCUUAGCGUUAACUUUUGUGGGGUACUGACCGAUUCUACCAAUGAACUAAUUGUAAAUUUGGUAACUCCAAAAGGGCAGAUUCUGGGUCAUGCACUUCAAAGUUAUAAUGGUAACAACUAUUACGCUUUCCAAGAAAUCCCGUAUGCUGCUCCUCCAGUGGGAGACCUUCGAUAUCAGUUACCUCAGAGACAUCCAGGAUGGACCGGAGUACUAAACUGCACAAACAAUACAAAAGUAUGCCCUCAGCCUCAAUCAACUUACCUCGAGCAAGAUGAAGAUUGUCUUUUUGCUAAUGUUUAUACUCCUGUAAAACCUGGUUCUAAUAUCUUUCUACCUGUAUAUGUAUGGAUUCACGGUGGUGGAUAUGCCGUUUGGGAUGGUGGAUUCCAAAGGUACAAUCCAUCAUAUCUUAUAGAUCAUAAUAUGGUUAUUGUUACCUUUAACUAUAGACUAGGUGCUUUAGGAUUUCUGGCCACAGAUGAUUGUGUAAUACCUGGUAAUUUAGGCCUAAAAGAUCAAAAUUUUCUACUGAAAUGGGUAUCAGAAAAUAUUCAUUUAUUUGGUGGCGAUUCAUCCAAAGUUACCAUCGGUGGUGAGAGCGUUGGUUCAAGUUCAGUUGCUAACCAUAUUUUAAGCAAAAUGAGCACAGGUCUAUUUAGAGGAGGUAUUCAAGAAAGCGGAAGCGCUAUAAACUAUUAUAACUUUGUACCCAGCCCUAGUGUUUAUGCAUAUAAAUUGGCUCAAGUUUUAGAUAACUCAAUUAAACCAAAAACAACAAAUACAACAGAACUAUUGGAUUUUCUUAAAAAAGCAAAAGUUAGCGAUAUAAUAGCAGCAGAAGUGCAGUUUCCCGCUGUGGCAACGGGUGGAAUGCUACUCAGCGAUCUGAUCUGGGCUCCCACAUUGGAAAACAAUUGCACUGCAGAACCUUUUCUCUCUAAACCUAUGCACGAAGCCUUUAUAAAUGGAGAUUUUAAUCGAGUGCCUCUGUUAAUUGGUUUUUGUUCCGAGGAGAUGCUGUAUUUUUCACCGGCAUCCAUAACAACCAUUGCUUUUAAAAUUCCGACCUGGGAAGUUUUUAAUGAAUUAGCAGGAAAUUUGGAUCAGAACAUUGAACAUAUUGCGCAUGAUGAACUUAAUGUAGUUAAUUCAAAACGAUCUGAAGUAUCUGAACAAAUAAGACGCCUGUAUACAAAUUCGUCUUUUGCAAAUGAUUCGUAUGCUUAUAUAAAAAUUUCCAGUGAUCUCUAUUUUAUUCAUGGAAUCGUACGGCAAGCUGAAAUAGCAUCACAAUUUAUACCCGUCUACAUGUAUGAGUUUGAUUAUACUGCAGACAACACUUUCCCCUUUCCAGGGACUCAACACACUGAAGAACUUAGAUAUAUGUGGGGAAAUGUAGAAGAUCUUCCAUUUAACAAUACAUUUCAACCAAUAAUGAAAGAGCGCAUGUGUAGACUUUGGUCUAAUUUUAUUACUUAUCAGAAUCCGACACCAUCUAAAUGUGAUCCUAAAUUAUUAAAUCUUCAAUGGCCAACUGUAAAACCAACUAGCACCAAUUACGUUAGCAUAAAUAAAAAGUUUAGGACAUAUUCAAAUCCAAGGAGAUACAAUCACAUUAGGAGUAUUCUUCUGAAGUAUUUACAGAAUCCAAGAAUGGUCUACUGAUGUAUAAAAACUGUUGCAAAUAAAAUAAUAAUACGUACUCCUGUA